AUGCCGGAGGUCACGCCCAUCCAGAUGCCCCCAAAGGCCGUGAUUGACCCGGGCUCCCCCACUUCCAGCGCGGAUACACUCGACGAUGGCGACCUCGCCAUGGAGAAAUGUAGUUCCAAGAUGAUGGAAGUGCUGGAUCUGGACAGCCCAGCCCAGAAAGAAGAAGCCCGGUUUGACCUAGAAGCCCAAUCCACCCAUCCUCGACGCGAGCCAAAGAUAUUAGCCUCGCUUCGCUAUGCCAUACUCACUCUUUACCGACGUCUCUUCACACUGGUGUUUUUGGUCAACGUCGGUGUCUUCAUCGCUGUCAUGCUGAAUUCGCAAAUGCUGCUGGCGCUGGUCAAUGCCACAGCUGCCAACCUGUUAGUGUGCGGGCUGGCCCGUCAACCAUUAGUCGUCAACGCCAUCUUCAAGGUCGUGCUAUCCAUGCCGAGGUCGGCACCACUUGCCCUCCGCCGCACUGCCGCCAAGGUGUACCACUAUGGCGGCGUCCACAGCGGAUGUGGGGUUGCCUCCCUCAUCUGGUACGUUGGAUUUGUGGGCGUGCUGUCCCAUGAAUAUUGGAACCCGUCAAGCGGCCCGGACCUCAUCACCACCAAGGCGCCGGUGAUUCUCUCGUACGCCAUCCUCGUACUUCUGCUGGCAAUCAUCGUGGUAGCGCACCCAGCAGUGCGCAUGAAGCGACAUGAUUAUUUCGAACUCACCCACCGUUUCUCGGGGUGGCUUGUGGUAGCGCUCUUCUUCGCGCUCUUGAUGGUCGUUUCACACGAGGCCAGCCAGUCCCAGCACCAACCCCUGGGCAAAUUCCUCAUCUCACUUCCCGCCUUCUGGUUCCUCCUCGUCACCAUCAUCGCCAUCGUUCACCCCUGGCUGAUGCUCCGGAAGGUCGCGGUGCGGGCCGAGCCCCUCUCUUCCCACGCCACGCGCCUGCACUUCGACCACGCCAUCACCACCUUCGGCAAGGGCAUCCAGGUCGCCAAGCACCCACUGCACGACUGGCACAGUUUCGCCACCUUCCCGGACCCGACCCCAUCCGGCCCCAACGGUUCUCCAAGCUUCUCCUGCCUAGUCUCCAAAGCAGGCGAUUGGACCGCCGCAACCAUCCAGAACCCGCCCACGCACCUGUGGAAGCGGGGCGUCCUGAUCUACGGCUUCGCGUAUGCCAUGCGUGUCUUCCGCAGGGUGAUUGUCGUCACUACCGGAUCCGGCAUCGGGCCAUGCUUGUCCUUCCUAGGCGAUGAGAACCGGCCGGCGCUCCGUGUGCUCUGGCAAACUCGUGCCCCGCGCCGGACAUACGGUGAGGGGGUCUUAGAUUUGGUUCGAAAGAUGGACCCAACCCCCAUUAUCCUAGACACUGAUCAAUGUGGCCGCGUCGACAUGAUUCCCCUCAUCCUGCAGCAGGUCAAGGACUUUGAUGCGGAAGCGGUGUGCGUGAUCAGUAACCCUGUGCUGACGGGGCGAAUUGUGUAUGAGCUUGAAGCGCGAGGCACCCCGGCUUUUGGCCCAAUUUUUGAUUCAUGA